AUGUCAUCUGUUGACCAAUACCUAGGGCAUGUCGUCCCUCAGAGCUACAAUGCUGGAUUCAUAGCUCUCAGUUACCUGGUCAGCCUCGUCGGGGCGGCAUCGACACUCGAGCUGAUCAACCGCCGGACCGGAUCGAGAGGGUUCUUUAACCACUUGCUCUUGGUCAGUUCAGCCAUCACCAUGGGCGGUAUAUCGAUCUGGUGCAUGCAUUUUAUCGGUAACCGGGCCAUCGACCUAGCGAACCACGAACGCGACUUGCAAGUGGCAUACUCCAGUGGCUUUACUGCCGUCUCCUUUUUCGUCCCGAUCGUUGUCCUCUUGGCCGCCUUUGUCGCCAUUGGUACGAAUAAUUAUAUCUCCUGGUGGAGAAUCAUGAUAGGAAGUAUUCUCUGUGGUGCUGCUAUCUGUGGCAUGCACUACCUCGGAAACUCGUCCAUCAAGAAUUACACAUGUAUAUAUCGGCCAGCAUUCAUCGUUGGCGCAGCUAUCAUCGCCGUGUUCGCCAGCAUUAUUGCCCUGUCUCUGUUCUUCGUAUUUCGAGGAGUAUGGGCUCAUUCGUGGUGGAAGCGAUCCUUGUCAGCCUUCAUUCUCGCCGGAGCAGUGUCAGGAAUGCAUUGGUGCGCGGUCGUCGGGACCCGGUACCGGCUUGUCAACAUACAGACCAAGAAUAACGAACCCUCGAGGAUUGCAACUGUCAUUGUCGUCAUCUGUCUGUCACUUGGUGCUUGUCUCAUCCUUGCCGGCUCCGCCGUUCUUCGUGCCCGGAAGAUGAAGAAGUCGGCCCUCCGAGCUCAGCAAAUCACAUUGGGCACUGCAAUCUUUGAUAAGCAUGGGAGGAUUCUGGUUGAUCCUGACGGUCUUAUGCCCAGUGUGGCCAUCACAGACUCGUUCUUGGAGAAGAAUAGUAGGGAGGGUUUCAGCAACACACAUCCCAUUUUCCACUGGCUUUUUCAGGCCUCACGAAACUGGAGCGGAAUUUCAACUCUCUUGGACGGCAUGAAGCACCAUCUUCAUCAGCUACCGCACUCUGGUGCCGAUAAGAGCGGCAUUCAAUUGAUCAACGAGCACGGCGAGAUGAUCAAAGAUUAUGAUGCUAUCUUCCGCGAACUUUUCUGUGUAGCUGCUCUGACCCUCUCUGAGCAGUUAGGUGAGCACAUCACCUCAAUGGGAGUUCUCUGGGAUGACGUCCUGUCUACUGGAGCAUACCGGACGAGAGUUAUGCCGAGACUCAGACGACCACGGAGUCCCAUCUCAGACAGCGAAAGUACAGCCAAGGAAGAAGACCAGGCCGGUGUCGAUGCGGCCGAAAAGGGGUUUCCGGGUUACCAAACAGAAUGCGGACGCGGAUCACUGAUGCUCUUGGUGCGUCAGGUUCAUACAGGCCGUGACGCUGAGAGGUUAACAUCGGCCGGUUUCCGGUUCGCCGAACUGCAUCAAGUGAGCAACUUGAUCCAAGCCAGCAUGCAGAUCCAGUCUGGUGAUUUUGAGAAAACACUACGGGGUCUGGCAACGUACGCCGCCCAGGACAAACAACAAUCCUCUGGAUCGUACAUCGGGCUGUUUGCCAUUCGCGCCCGGGUUGAUUCUCGUGGCUUUCAGGUGCUGGUUCACAAGGGGGCUAGGCAUGUCCUCCCCUCCGAGCGUCUGCACAUGGGAAGUAUGGACAAGUGGCAAGUGGAUUUCUUGAGACAAUUCCAAGGGAUGCCGGUUUCAAGUCUUGUCCCCAGGCUCUUUGACGACGACGUGGCUCCUGCAUCCUCGAAUGAAAAGGCCUUUGCCAGACAAAUGGGUGAAACCAUCAAAUCUCUGCGCACGUCCAUCAAAGAUCCUUUAUUUGAGCAGGCAGUGCUCUCCCCGACAGUCGUGCACCUACCAGGCCACGAGAGCCAGGCUGAGGCGGUCAUGAUAACUUUGCGACUGGUGGUUCCUAUCCAUUCGGUCCUAUCGAGCCCCGACUGCGAAUUUGUGCCUCUGAGCAUCUUGAAGAUGCACCAGGCUUCCGACGGGUGGCAUCAAGAGUUUACCCGAGGCGUGCACCGCGAGUUCGGGUCUCUGGUCCAAUCUCGUCGUGCGAAUACUAGUGAACAGGGUCGUCGAUCACGAGCAUUCAGCUUCUGGCCGUUCGCAUCUUUGAAGACUUCUUCAACAAGAAAUUUGAAGAGAAAUCCGAUGAUGGCACUCACAAAGAAUCCAAGCUCACCAGUGUCGGCACGAUCCAGCUCAACCGUCAACCUAUGCCCACCCAACAGCACCAGCCGACCAAGAUCAGUUGACACAGUGGAUGAGCUCAACAAGCCCAAGUCCCAGGAUGACUGGCGAACGGCACCGCCAUCUUAUGGAGGUAUCCUGGUAUUCAAGGAGGUGACAGUCAACGUUGACAAGAGUGAAGGAGGCCGUGGAGAUGGAAAAAGUCAGGAUACGAUGGUUAUUGAGACGUCAGAUGGGCUUCACACAGCAUCAAUGUCAAGCAUCGAGCUGCAACCGAUGACCAAUAUAGGUACGGAUGCUCAUAUCGGGUCGCAGGAUACUGGAAAUGUGAAUGGGAACAUGUCUAACACUGUGACAUUUGUUGAUAUCUUGUUUGCGGAAGCAGUUGGGAGUGGUUUAUAG